CUGCAGAAUAAAUUGCAUCUAGAUGUCAAACAGUGGCAUGUACCAAGGAACAGAUCUAAACCUUAUCCAUCAUAAUGCAGUAGGAGUAUGACUUCUGCAACUUCCCCUAUCAUUUUGAAAUGGGACCCCAAAAGUUUGGAAAUCAGGACUCUCACAGUAGAGAGGCUAUUGGAACCACUUGUUACGCAGGUAACAACGCUGGUUAACACAAGCAAUAAGGGACCAUCCGGCAAAAAGAAAGGGCGCUCUAAGAAGGCUCACGUGUUGGCUGCUUCGGUAGAGCAGGCUACUCAAAACUUUUUAGAAAAAGGAGAUCAAAUUGCUAAAGAGAGCCAGGACCUGAAGGAGGAAUUGGUUGCUGCAGUAGAGGAUGUACGCAAACAAGGUGAAACGAUGAGAAUCGCCUCUUCGGAGUUUGCUGAUGAUCCGUGCUCGUCGGUGAAACGAGGCACCAUGGUGCGGGCGGCGCGGGCCUUGCUUUCUGCUGUCACUCGCUUGCUCAUCCUGGCUGAUAUGGCUGACGUCAUGAGGCUUCUAUCACACCUGAAAAUUGUAGAGGAAGCACUAGAAGCAGUGAAAAAUGCAACAAACGAGCAAGAUUUAGCAAAUCGUUUCAAAGAGUUUGGAAAAGAGAUGGUCAAACUGAACUAUGUGGCUGCUAGACGACAACAGGAACUGAAGGAUCCUCACUGCAGGGAUGAAAUGGCUGCAGCUCGAGGAGCUCUGAAGAAGAAUGCCACUAUGUUGUAUACUGCCUCCCAAGCGUUUCUCCGUCACCCUGAUGUAGCAGCCACUAGAGCCAACAGAGACUAUGUCUUCAAACAAGUGCAAGAAGCAAUUGCUGGCAUCUCCAGUGCUGCCCAAGCCACCUCACCCACUGAUGAGAACAAGGGGCACACUGGCAUAGGAGAACUUGCUGCUGCACUGAAUGAAUUUGAUAACAAAAUUAUUUUAGACCCAAUGACUUUCAGUGAGGCUCGAUUCAGACCAUCUCUUGAAGAAAGGCUGGAGAGCAUCAUCAGUGGUGCGGCACUGAUGGCCGACUCCUCGUGCACGCGGGACGACCGCCGGGAAAGGAUCGUGGCCGAGUGCAACGCUGUGCGACAGGCCCUGCAGGAUCUGCUCAGCGAAUAUAUGAAUAACAUACUCAGCAUCAAAUUGAGUGCAAAAGGUGAUCGUACUCAGAGUGGAGUCCUUGUUCAUGAAGUUUCACUAAUCUUUUGGUAUUGUGCCAGUGGAUGGUAUUCUAGUCAUGAAUCAAAAACUGGAAAGGGUCGAGGCAG